CCCUAGUGGCAGCUCCAGCGGCUGGGUGUAGCAGCGCGGUGAAGAAGAGGCUGUGUUUGGAUUAGGGGGUUGGGCUGCCUGCUGGUAGGAAACCUGCCGCCAGACAUCCAGUUUGUCUCCGGCGGUGCAGCGUUGCUUUCCCGCAGCAUCAGCAGCAGCGACACCGCAGCGCAGCCUCCAGCUUCACCUGCUCCUCAUCUGCGCUUCCCUCCGCCUCUGUCCAGACACAAACACUGCCGCAGCACAGAGGAGACGGACGGACAAGGACGAUCAGCUGAGCAGUCUUCAGGGAAAUAAAGGGGAUAUAUAAAAGGGCGGUGAAAGAUGGUGAAACUGGGGAGUAAUCUUCAAGACAAAGGGGCCAAACCUGUGAGCGUGGAGGAUGGCUUUCAGAAUGUGCCCCUCAUCACUCCACUGGAUGUCGGCAGCCUCCAGAGCCAAGCACCUGACAAGGUGGUGGUGAAAACUCGCACGGAGUACCAGACAGAGAAGAAGAGGCUGAAGGUUCCCAAGGUGGAGGAGUUCACCAUCAGCUUUACUGACGGGGUGUCUGAGAGACUUAAGGUAACAAUACGCUGAAUCUGUAUCUGCAUUGAUCCGUAUCUUAUU